CUGGAGAAGCGGCCGCAGCCGCAGCCGCCUCAGAGCUCUGAGGAGCUGGAGGAUCUGCACAAGUUGCUGCACUUCCCCGAGGAGGUGGCGCUCAGGUUGACGGAAAUCGAGUACCAGCUGUUCUACCAGGUACCGCCGAGCGAGUACCUAAGGCACGUGGAGCAGGAUCCGACCACGCAGAAACCACCUGCCAGGCCACCCCCGUCGCCGAGUCGCAGCUGCAGCAAACCCAGCACCAUCAACAACUCGACCCAAACCGAGGAGCUCACUUCCUGGCCUGUCGCCACAGUGCCCGUGCAGACCCUUAUCAAUCAUUUUAAUGGGGUAAGCUCAUGGGUCACAAAGGCAAUCACCGACGGUGUUACGAUAGAGGAACGACAGGCGGUGCUGUCUUGUCUUUUACGCGUCGCGCUAACCUGUUGGAAUACCGGAAACUUUAAUUCAGCCAUGGAGAUAAUCGCCGGUCUGAAAACCAACAAGCUAAAGCCAUUUUGGCAUAGCGUGAACGAGCCUAUACCGGUUAUGGAAUAUCUCUCCUCCGCCCUUCUGUCUUCCGAAUAUGAGCGUGCACUCGCUCGCGCUCUCGCGAUGCCAGAAUGUCCUGUGGUGCCAUUUUUCGGAGCCUUUCUGCGCGAGCUACGAGAUAUUAUUGAAUACUACACAAAGUCUCAGUACGGGUUUAGAGAAAAUCGCGAGUCACCACGUGCUAGCGCUAAGGAGAGCGAACCUCAAGAACACGUGCCUUUGUCUGUGCCGGCCGCCAGGAUCGCCGUCGAGAGUAACACAGAGACGCCGUCGGGAUGGAGUUCGAGGACUACCGGCUCCUCGAACAAACCGGAGAACCCCAUAGUACACGACAUGAAUGCCGUUCUCGACAAAGUCGCCCUCUUUCACAAGCAUCGACAUGCUCGUGGCAGAGACGCGACUACAGACUCCCUUCAUCGCACCCUGAGCAUUCACACGACUGCGAUCGAGCAAACGUACAUGGCGGAGGAAUGCGAUGAGAACGACUAUCAUCUUGAUUUGGACUCCUACAAGCCCGUACAGCCGAUCAAGAUCGAUCAUGGAGUCGCUUUGUUUCCUGUUGCCGCGCCGCACGCCGGCAUGGAUCUUCAUCUUCUGCAGGUGCUACACCACGGCACGACUCUGGUGCACUGGGACUGCGAGGGUGGCACUUCGAGAACGGCGUUGGUGUUCGCGCGCGUUGAUCGCGCCUGCAGCACCUUCGUCUGGGAAAGACCACCCUGGAGUCCCCUGAAAACGGCGCAAGUCGGCGGCGCCGCUCUCGGAGAAUUUUCCCUGACCUCGAACCCGGAGGACACGGUACCGGCGGGCCUAGUCGGCAGGUACGCGCAGCCGCAAACCGAUUGCGCUUCUGUCACCUUGGAAGAGGGAUACCUCGACCUGGGAUCGGUGAAGGAAAUAAUGAUCGGCUGCAGCGAUCGCGACCGAGAGGCUGAGCUCAGGAGCAUCUGCAAGAGAUACGGCCUACCGGGCUCCGACUCCUGUAUCGGCCUCAUGUAUGGAUCGAAUCUUCCGGACAAUCGACUGAUCUUCCUACUCUGCCCUCCCUCUCUUAACAAAAUAUGGUAUAUGGGAUUAUGCUGGAUACUGCGAGGCCUCAAACGACAACAACAACUAACAGAUCGUAGAUCACGCUGGUUGAAAGAGAAAUAUCUCCAAUUAUACUUUUCCUACUUCGAACAGCCGAUAGAAGGCUUGGAACAACCGACGACAGCCGAUGCUAUCCGCGUUUUCGGAGGUCGCGACUGGUCCAUGACAGAAAGUGUUGGCACACUAUCUCCAACGAGCAGCAGCACUCUACGUAGACGAAACGUUAAAGGCAAAAAGACGAAAUCUAUUGGCAAUAUUCAUGCUUUAACCAAGGAUUUGAGUAUAAAACAAUAUAACACCACGACCUUGGAAGAAGGUGUAUCGUCGACUACACCGCUUCGUCAUAUCACGGGGAGUAGAGAAUCUUUAACAAGGAUCCUACCAGCAUCGCCAAGAACUAGUCGAGACCGAAUUCCACCGCGUAGCCCGCCUGGUUCCGCUGAUCGUAUGGUCGCUUCUUUGCUCCCGUACUCCACUUUUCAAAAUUUAUUAUGUGUUACCAGAGAAAAGGACAAGAACGGAUCCGGUAGUAUACCUGGUGGCUCAGAGGCCACUUGGCAAGUGAAAGCACGUACCACUUCGAUCAUGUAUGAAACGCAAUUGAACUUUGUGGAGUUUGUCGCACUUUUCCGAUCGUUCAGCUUACGAGCCAGGAAAGAUUUGCGAGAUUUAUUCGGCCAAUUAGCGAUCACGUGCCGUAGUCAAAGUGACGGAUCAUUAAGGGACUUUAGCCAGGGACUACGACCAGCGGUGCUCAGACAGACUAGUGAUGCCACUCCACAAAGGAUCGGUUUGCUGACAAGAAACAACUCUAUCGACUGUCAUGAAUAUAAGACGAGCAGCAAUCUGCAAAAGAAGCAGGUUUUUGAUGCAGUCGCGGCGGCAAGCAUAGUCAAUAAUUGUUCUGGCGUGGAUACAUCGAAAUCUCAAGUAAUCACUUUGGCGACGUUUACAAAAUUCCUGGAGUCUCGGCAGCAGGAAAAAAUGAGCGACGAGGAAAUCAAGACGCUCAUUAAGAGGCACGAACCGGACCCGGCACUUCGCACACAAUGGUGUUUGUCUUUCGAGGGUUUUGCGCGAUAUAUGAUGGACAAGGACAAUUAUGCCUUUCCGAACGAGUACGCGACACCGUCCGAAACCGAGAUGCAGCAGCCCCUGUCGCAAUAUUACAUCGCUAGCUCCCAUAACACUUAUUUGACCGGGCAUCAACUCAAAGGAGAGUCCUCCGUGCAAUUAUAUUCACAGGUGCUUUUAACCGGAUGUCGUUGCGUGGAACUCGAUUGUUGGGACGGUGACGACGGAUCCCCGUUGAUUUAUCACGGUCACACAUUUACUACCAAAAUACCAUUCCGAUCGGUCGUGGAGGCGAUCGAUCGAGGCGCCUUCGUCAGUUCCCCUUAUCCCGUGAUUCUCUCCAUCGAGAACCAUUGUUCGCCGAGUCAGCAAGCUCGAAUGGCGCAGAUAUUUCAGUCCGUUUUUGGCGAGAAAUUGGUGACAAAAUUUCUCUACGAAUCCGACUUCAGCGAUGACCCGCAAUUGCCUUCGCCCUCGCAACUUCGUUACCGAAUUUUAAUAAAAAAUAAGAAACUGGUGGUCGAUCCUACCGGACCGUUGUCGCAUACGCCUCUUAGUCAUCGCGGAAAGAUGCUCAUGUCGGAUCGCGCAUCCUCUAUGAAGCAGAUGCGGACUGACGUGAGCAGUACAUCAGUCGUCGAGUACUUUAGCGAGGACGAGGAUGACGAAGAGGACGAUGAUGAGGACGAUAAUAUCGAUGACAACUCGAUCUCGAGCUACGAGAGGUAUCUAGGCGGCAGCCAAGUACCGCACCCUCGUUUAAAAUCGGAUCCGGCGGUGGAUGACAAGUCGCAAAAACAGAGCAGUCAGAUAGCCAAGGAGCUGUCGGAUCUGGUGAUUUAUCUGCAGGCGAUUAAAUUUCGCGGAUUGAACACGGCGCCCGGGACUGCGAUGCCAGGAAAAACACGACAUCCUUCGCAUACGGGGCCGGUACAGAGGCACAGCAUUGCCGGUAUAGGACCCAGCAGUAUAGCAUCCUCUUCAGGGUCACCGCAAUCUCUCUCGACGUCCGCCUCGAUCGCGAGCGGCGGCAGUAACAUCGAGAACAUCUUCAGAUCUACUCGCGGAAUGCCAGCUUGCUUCCAAUGUUCGUCUUUGAACGAGAGUACGGCGAAAAAGAUCUGCAGGAAGCAACCCUUAGGCGUAGUCGCCCACGCAGAAACUCAAUUGAUCCGAACAUAUCCUGCAGGAAUGCGUAUCGAUUCCACGAAUUUCAAUCCGGUCAUAUUUUGGGCUUUCGGAAUUCAAAUGGUCGCGUUGAACUAUCAAACCGAUGACGCGGGAUUAAAUCUGAACGCAGCCAUGUUUGAGCAAAAUGGUCAAUGUGGAUACGUUAGAAAGCCCUCGGUGAUGUGGGACAAGGGACAUAUGAUGUACAGACGGUUCAAUCCUUGGGACAAGGAGUUUGACGGGCUGCACUCUGCGCACUUGAGUCUGUCGAUAGUCUCGGGACAAUACGUUUCACCUAUGAACCUCGUCACCAGCACGUACGUCGAGAUCGAGUUGGUCGGCAUACCGAUCGAUUGCGCGAAGCACAAGACAAAGGUCAUCCAGAACAAUGCGCUGAAUCCCAUCUGGAAUGAGAAGUUCUGCUUCCAAGUUAUGUUCAAGGACCUCGCGUUUCUACGUUUCGGCGUCGUCGAGGCGAGCUCCCAUCACCUAAUCGCGCAACGCGUGAUCCCGCUCAAGUGUUUACGACCAGGCUAUCGACACGUACGAUUACGAUCUUGCAAGAACAAACCGCUGGCCCUGUCCACGCUUUUCAUCUAUUCCCGAUUGGAGGAGGAGAGUCUGGACUACAACACAUGCUGUCGCGAUCACAAGGAGUCUUCUAAGCGUCUCUCGUCCGGCAAAGAACCCGAGAAAUUAAGCACAGUCGAUCCCGGUCUGGGUGGCGUCACCCUGAAGAGACGGAUGUUCUUCCUGAUGGUUUACCACGUGAUACCGGACGAACCGUACACCAUUCUGAAGGUGACUCAGGAGAGUACCACGCAGGAAGUGAUGCUGCAAGCGUUACAGAAGGCCGGGAUAUCGCCCGAUCACGUAGACGAGUUCAUCUUGGUGGAGGAAGUGUCUCGCGGAUGGGAGAAAAGAGAACGGGAAGAAUUGCCGACUCAGCGCGUGCUGGAUCCUACGGAGCAUCCACUUCAGGCCCAGGCCCUGUGGAAGGGUCAAGGUCGCUUCCUUCUGAAGCGAGUGGGCGACGAUCCGAGCAGCAGAGCCUGGCUCGCCUCCAUCAGGAGCACGGCCGCCCAUUCGAAGCUCAACGACUCCAACUCGAGGGACCAAUCCACCCACAUAUGGGACGAGGCGGACACCUUUUUGGUCUGCAUCUACAACGUUUCGCCAGAGAUCCCUUACGCGAUUCUACGCGUACCGGUGAGCGCCUCGGCGCAGGACGUAUUGGCUCAGGCUCUGAUCAAGGCCAGAAGAAUGGAGAACCCGUCCAAGUUCGCCCUGAUCGAGGAGCUGGAAUGGGGCGGCGCCGGCGCGGUCGGAAGCGGAAAUCGUCAGCUGAGGGUGCUGAACGACGACGAGAACGUUUACAGCACGCAGGCGUUCUGGAAGACCCUCGGCAGAUUCAUCCUCAGGGAAAGGGAGCAGGCGAUUCCGAGGCGGCAUUUGUUGCCCGCGACCCUGGACAGGCUCAGCAAAGGAUUCUCCGUCGGCAGAUCCGUAUCCCUGCCGGGCUCGAGCAAGGAAAAAGUCCCGGUUUCGGAAGCGCUGUCGGACCCGACCUCCAGAGGCUUGAGACAUCGAUUGCUGAUAGCAGGACGUAGACGAGAGGUUCACUCCGACGGGGAGGACGCGCGCGAAUUCGAUAUACCGAACGCUGUUCUUCACUUGAAGAAGGUCUCGUUAAGGAAAUUGAGAGUUUGGAAGUCAUAGUGGCAGUCUCGGGCGACGUCGAUAUCAUCGAUCUUCGCCGCUCGGAGAAGUCAGCUCUAAACUUGUAAUUUUAUUCAUUGGAAGCUAUAGUCCUCUGAAUCCUGACGAAACUAUUCAUGCCGCCGAUCCUGCCGUGAAGGAAAUCGAAAGAUCUUACGUUGUCUAGAAUCUUCACAAUACCAGUGUCACAAAUAAAGAAGUUACAAUCAGUCAGUCAUUAAGUCGGAUGAUGAUAGGGUACGAUCAGAAUAAUUCAAUAUCAUCGCGUUACUCAAGAAAUAUCAGACAGCGCGUUUUUAUCAUGCGGCGUUAUUAUACAAGAAAAAUAAAAGAAACGAAAGAAAAAAGUUAAUUCUCUUUAAAAAGUAGAAUAAUUCUGCAUCAAUGAAAAUAACUAUAUUCUUAAUUAAUCGAUAUUAAUUACGUGUGCAAUUAUCUUCGCGCACGAUACUUGAGCAAAAUGUCAGAUUAAUCAAGUCACUAUAAGGUCAACAUUGAUCAAUCAGAUUUAAAAGAAAAAAUCGGCGAUAUCGAGAAGAUAACUUAUUAUAUCGCCAUUUUUAAACAUUUUUUAAGAAUCUUAAUAUAUUGUAGCAUAUCUGAUCUCUCUGCAGCAACCAGUGAUGCUAGCGUCAGAUUAUACGUGAUCUGCAACAAUUCGUGAUUCAUGAAUAAUAUUUUAAAAAAUCCGAUCGGCUGAACUUGACGAAUUCUUCCACGAAUUUCAUUCACGAAUUACAAAGGAUAUCGCGCAUAAUUCGGCGCUGGCAUAACGAUCGCACAAUCAUUAAGUGGCAAAGCGACGACUCUUGGGUCCUUUAAUUUCUCUGACGAGCUAUUGGAAGUCGAAGCAUCAUGCGGAUAUAUUGAUUUUGUUGCAAUUAAAAAAAAUUCGUCGGACGCAAAAGUCGGCGUCUGAUCGACGCGCUGGCGCGUCGAGAAAAAAAAAUAUAAUUAGUGCCACGUUGCGCCUGAGUUUAUUAUUUUUGUACAACGAAAUAAAGAGAGAGCGCCGCGCAAUUUCCCCCACACAUUUUUGCCAAAAAAGCAAAAAAAAGAAAAAAAAAAACGACGUACGAUUCUAAGUGAACGUAGAUCAGCAACAUUCGUACAUAUGUUAAGACCUAUCGGAAGUGCUUCCCCGUUUGAAACGUGUUUCCGUUUGAAACAUCCGGACAGAUAUGUGUCUGUCUUGAUCGAUACUACAAUCGUAUAAUCCACGAAGAAGAGUCUUCGCGACUCCUUUACGUGACUUCUCUCAUUAUUUGUAAGCGCAUCGUCUUUAUCAUUUACGUCGUACCUGAAGUGUUUACGAGUUACGCUUUCACGCGGAGCUUCGUAAUAAAAAAAGUUUAAUAUAUCGCUGUUAUCGCACUUUGUUUGAUCGCUCUAUUAAUGUUGAUCAUUUCUUUUUGCAUCUAGUCAACCAUAUGAUAAGGAAUUUGAGUAGAAUCCGAUAAGAGCAUCGUAAUGUAAUUGUAUUUUGAAUGUUGCUACUUAAAAAAAAAAAAAAAAAAGAAAGAGAAAGAGUGUGAGAGAGAUCGUAUUUAUUAUAUAUUGUUAAUGCUAGAGGGUAGAUCGGUGUUGCAUUCUCGAUUACCGUCCCUCUCUCCUAACUGUUUUAGCGAACGUAUAUAUAUAUAAAUACAAAUACAUACAUAUAUAUAUAUAUAUAUAUAUAUAUAUAUAUAUAUACGUAGAAUAUAAAUAUAUACGAGACCAAGGAGUGUCGAUGAAAACUCGCGUUCGAGUGUGCUAUAUCAUUCUAUUAAAUUAUUUUUCUCGCACGAAAAAUGCAUUCGGAUGCGUAUCGUCGUACACUCGAGACCGGCAGCCUAAUUUUCUCGAAAAUAUAAUUUUGCUAACGUUAAUUAGCUAAUGAGAAACACAAUGAGGAACCUGACGUCACAAACCAGUGAGGUCGCGAAAUCGUAGACUUUUUGCCCUGUGUCUUCCACACGAGUCCUCCAAAUCGUUUCAGAUAUUUUGUAUUUUCGAGACAAUUUCUCUUACAGAGAUUGAGAUUUCUUUUAAUAUGAACAAAGUCGGGUCUCUCUUUAACGCCGUUUAAGAAAGAUAUAUUUAAUAAUUCAGAUAAUUCUGCAUUUUUCUCCGAGAUGAUUUGCGACUUCACUGGAGACUCUAUAUUUUUGGAUACUACUUCCUUCUCCUUACCUCAUUUCUUCGAAAAUACGUAUAAUCACAUAUCCACGAGAGACCAAAUACAGGAAAAACAAUAACAGACAAAUGGAAUAGAAAAUAAACGAGAAACGCAAGCAAGCAGGCCAAUUAUAUUUGUAUAUAUAUCUUCGAAUAGAACACAGAAAAACGUCGUUCGAUAAAGUAAUCUCUUUAGAAGUUGUAGAUUGGUACAGUUUGGUGAACACGACUAGUCACGAGAAAAAACAAUAUUUAUAUUGGCCCAAUAUACAGCCUGUAAAUCAAACUAUUGAAGACACGGGCCAAUUGUAUUUAUACGCGUAGGUGCCGUUAAAUUGCAAUUGUUGUCGUAUCACAAAAUCACUUUCGCAGAUCAAACUAUAGUCAACAUCUGAUUUAUAUUUUUACUGUACAUCUAUCAGCGCACUUGACAAUAUUGCGAGCGAUAAAUAAAUCCCCCGCGACUUCUUGCAAAUA